AUGAAGGCAAUUGACCGAAUAUAUCUGAAGUCCCCAACUCCCGCCUUCCCCGCGCCGCUCCAGCCAAUCAGAGACGAGCCCGAAGCGGCGCCCCCUGACCCCGGGGCCGGGCAUGGAGCGGGCGCCCCCUCCCCCCCCGCCGCCCCCUCCCCUCCCGCCGCCCCCCGGGACCCCCGGGACCCCCCCAGGGACCCCCGGGAGCCCCUCAGGGACCCCCGAGCUCGGGCGGGUCCUGCGGGAGGCGCUGGAGAGAGCGGGGCAGGCGCUGGGAGAGGACGGGGGGCUCGGGAGCUGCUGAAGAGGCGCCGGGACAGCCUCGAGGGUCCCUGGAAUUGGCUCGUGUUCCACCGGCCGGUGCCGCCCCUGAUCCAGAACGGGCCCCAGUGUGGCCUGGUGGCGCUGGCCAUGGCGGGGGCGCUGCUGGGACCCCCCCCGGCCCCAAUUGGGUCUGGGGGCUCUGCUGGAGACAGCGCGGGCCAGGGGCUACACCCGCCACGGGGAGAUGUUCUCAGCCGCCCAUUUGGCCUCCCUGGCCCAGGAGAUGUUCCCGUGCCGGGCUGAGCUGCUCCAGGGGGGGCUGGGGGGCCCCAACCGGGCCCGGGUCCUGCGGCACCUCCUGGGGGGGCGGCCCCUGCUCGUCCCGUAU